CCCGAAGGUUGACCUGUCUGAAAUAUUUACUCCGACUGAGACGCUCCGAUCUACUAUUCACCCCCCCUCCCCCUCAAAUCCACUCGCUGGGCGCAGUCUCCCCCAACCCUCAUCUCCACUAUAGAAAAGAUGGGGACUUACACAUUUCGAUGGCCGUAUAAUGCGAAUGAAGUCUAUGUGACGGGGACGUUUGAUGACUGGGGCAAAACCGUCCGACUGGACCGCAAUGGGGAUGUGUUUGAGAAGGAGGUUGAGCUGCCGGCCUCAGAGGAGAAGAUUCAGUAUAAGUUCGUUGUCGACGGCGUUUGGACCACUGAUAAUCGAGUCCCCGAAGAAGACGACGGCGAUAAUAACAUCAACAACGUGCUCUAUCCCGAUCAAAUCCAUCCAACAACACUACAGAACGGCAUGGCCGGUGUGACCCCCGACUCAACCACCGCUGCUCUGGCAGCUGGGGUGCCCAAGGAGUCUAGCAGUAAGACAAAUGGCUACCACUCCACCAUCUCAUCUGCAGCACCAGGUUCGACCACUGCCAAACUCGGAGAGGAAGUCCCAUUAGAACAACGAGCUACUGUGCCAGGGUCUUUUCCAAUCACACCAGCAGGCGAGACUGAACCCUUCUCUGUGAACCCCAUUCCUGCAUCAAGUGGGAUUGGCAACCCGAUCAAGCUGGCUCCUGGUGAAAAGGUGCCCGACCCGAGCACUUUCAAUCCCAACACCAUUCAUUCCACCGCACGUUACGAUAAAGGUGCAUAUGAGCAAGGCGCUAGUCUGUCCCGGACCCAAGACUCGUUGCAGGACGGUAGCGCUUUCUCCCUUCCACCAGUAACGAAGCACACAAUCCCCGAGUCAAGUUUGCCCAUGGGCAGCGAUGGCGCACAGGAGUUCAGAGACCCCGGAUAUACGAUUCAGUCUGCGGCACCGACCUCGACAACGGCGGCACUUGCUGCUGCUGUGCCACUGGAGUCGCAGAAGCAGAAACACGCGGCCAGUGGUGCUCCCUCGGAGGAGCUCCCUGAAGUGGUCAAGGAGUCACUUGAGAGGGCCCACCAGCAUCCUGAAUGGGCUGCCAAUGAAGAGGUCGUCGAAGAGAAGAAAGAGGUCGAGGAAGAGCUUCAGCAGAAGAUCAGCGUAAACAAUUCUGUCGGUGCACCAGCGCCUGCUUUGAGCGCUGCUUUUGCGGAGACUGCUCCCCGCGCUACGGGCACCAAGCCCACUUCGAGCCAGCUCUCCAAGGAGAAUGAGCCUACCGACGGACCAGUGGUGACUACAGGUGUUGCUUCAGCUAAGGCUCCUAAGGAGUCAGGACCCGGGCCUGUCCCAGAUAAUGUUGUCUCUGUUCCUGUUUCCACCGCCGGCGCUGUCGCCGCCUCGGAUCAGCUCUCGCCCAAGAUCUAUGAGGCAAGUGAGCCAGUGGUGACCACGGGCGUUGGUUCCGCGAAGGCCCCACGGGAGUCGGGGCCCGGUCCUGUCCAGGAUACCUCCGCCAAUGCCCCUACUGCCGGUGUGACUGGUUCCAGCGCUACCAAGACUGCAGAUUCGGCCGUCGAUGUCGGUUCGACCUCAGCUGUUGGUGAUGGCUCCGCCUCGGGUCCUACUGCAGGCGUCACCGGCUCCAGCGCGACUAAGACCGCGGACGACUUCGAGACCAAGAAGCCAGAGUCUAAGCAGCUCGCCGAACCCAGGAAGCCUACCUCGGAGGCCGUUGCCGCCCCGACAGCUGGUGCCACCGGCGCCAGCGCGACCAAGACAUCUGAUUCCACUCCAGCCACGGCCAAUACCAAGGCUGCACAGAAGCUUGAUGAUCCUACCAGCACCAGCAAGGAUGCAUCUACGCCUGCACAGAAGACGGAUGCGCCUACUAGCACUAAUAACACAACCUCCGCCAACAAGCCCACUAAUAAUAACGCUGCGGCUAGCGCGGCCAGCUCCAAGGACGAGUCGAAGAAAAAGAAGAAGGGAUUCUUCUCCCGCCUUAAGGAGAAGUUGAAGCAUUGACUGCAUUAAUUCAAGACCAAUUUGGGCAAUGAUGCGCGGGUUCCUUCUCACUAAUGGUGUAUAAUGGGUGGAGGACUUUUUCUGCUGUUGCGUUUGCGUUUGUGACUUUCGUCUGGAUACCUUUUGUGUUGUGAAUGCUUCUCGGUUUGUCUGUGGCCUUAGAUACCUUAGGUAUGCUUCUGGUAACGUUAUUAUGAAUGGAGUAUAUGAUAUUCUUUAUUAGUUCUAGUUGCGCCUGUCGAACUCAGAUAGUCAACAAUCCGUUGAAAC